CNGUCAACACAACAAGGAAAAACUAAAUAAAUUGGAUAACAUACUCUGCUAAAAAAAGAUCAUACAGCAUUUCUGUCCAUAAUGGAAGACCAAAUAUGUCGAAUUUGUUUGGGCGACGGUGACAUUCCGAUUUAUGAUGAAAAGGACGAUUCCAGGAUUUCUGAGGAAAUCAGAAUUUUCGGUGAUAUUUGUCUCGAUAAAUAUGACGACACUCCGAAACACAUCUGCGAGACUUGUUACCAGCUACUGCAAAGUGCGGUUGUGUUUAGAACCCUUGCUAAAGAAACUCAGUCAUACAUGGAAGAGCCAGUAUCUGAUGAAGACAAUUUUCAGGAAAGUGACAGUGAUAAUAAUGCUUUAGACCGAAUAGAUCAAUCAGAACUGUUACAAAACAGUGAGGAUAAUGAAAUGGUAAUGAUCAUUGUUUCUGACACUGAUAAGAAUUCUAUAAUAUCUACGGAAAAUGCAAAUUCAGAUGAGGAAACUGAAGGUUACAACUGCGAUCUGUGCAAUAUGAAUUUUGAGUCUACUCAAGAUUAUAAUCAACAUAUCAAUAGCAACUGUUUGGGACCUAUGAACAUUCAAUGUCCUAAAUGUAAUCUAUUUGUAUUGACAGAAAAUUUUAAUAAACAUUUAAAAACUCAUAACUCUGAGGAAGUAAGCUUACUUAUGCAAGAAUGCACAACUUGCGAGAUACUGUUUCAGUCUAUAGAAGAUUUUGAGGUACAUUGUAAGACAGAAGAACAUGAAAAUGCUCUGAAAAAACCUUCUGACAACCCAAAAAUUAAAUGUCCAGUAUGUGAAAAAUAUUUGACCAAGUCAUAUUAUAAACUACAUUUAAAACUACAUGGUAAUGAUGAAGAAAAAGGGGAAAGGCUCAGAAAAUGUCCAUUUUGCGAAAAAUCUGUAUGCUAUUCAUAUUAUAGAGCCCAUAUCCAAAAAAUUCAUCCAGAUCAACAAACAAAUGAUGAAUAUCAACCAAGAAGAAAACACAACCGGACUCACAAAGACAAUGACUCAAUUCAAAAACUUAUAUGUGAUCAAUGUGGAAAAGAUUUUAAACGAAAAUAUGCUUUAAAACUGCACAUGUUAACCCAUGGCAAUGAGUAUAAAUAUAAAUGUAUGUUUUGCCCUUAUCGAGGACGCUAUGCUGGACUUCUGAAAAUUCAUAUACGAACACACACUGGAGACUAUAAUUACAAAUGCACCAAAUGUCCUGCUAAGUUCAUCACCAAGAGCAACCUCAAUAAACAUCUCCAAAGGCAUCAGGGUCCUACAGACAUCAAAUGUGAAACCUGUGAUAAAUAUUUUUAUUCCAAAUCCGAUUUUGAUAAACACAAUGAUGCUAUUCAUUUGGGUAUCAGAAACUUUGCCUGUAAUAUGUGUGGAAAAGCUUUUACUUCCAGAAACAGCAUGAUGUGUCACCAGCUCAAAGUGCACAAACGUAAAAGAUUAACAAAUGGCAAGGGCCGUGUGGCUGAUUACUUGAAAGAUAAUCCUGAAAUUGCAAAAGAUACAUAAAUGUAUUUAUGUUUUAUUACUUAUACACUAAUUAUAUUUUAUACACUAAAAAUUU